AUAUACAGAUUUGGAGUAACUGUAAUCGUUGUGCAUUAGCCUUUGGAAAUGGCGGACAGAAGAGAGCUAUGUGUGGGAGGGAAACCCAUUUCAUCCUUACGUGUUGUUGAUUUGAAAGUGGAACUUGAAAAAAGGAGUUUGCCGAAAUCGGGAAGUAAAAAGGAUUUGCUAGAGCGACUCAGAUUGCAUCUGCAAUUGGAGGAAGACCGUGAGGCUGCCUUGCGUGAUGAAGAACAUGUUCCCAAUCUCUCGCUAUGCAAUGAAACUGAAAAUGAUUUCAUUCGUGAAUACUUGGCUGCUCAGCAGGCCAGGUUCCAAGUACAAAGAGAAGCCAAGAAACAGUAUGAAGAAAAGAAGCGAGAAUCCGAGGCCAGCGCAGAAGAAACUACCCAAGACGAGGAUGAGGCAUCUGAUGUAUCCCCAACCAAAAAAUCUCCCAGGAAAGCUAUGAGGCCAAAGAAAAAGGAGGAUUCGACAUCUACGCCAAAGGCGCAUAAAUCUUCGCUGGACUUUCAGACACCGGAUUCAAUGCCUUACUCUACGCCACCGCAAGAAAAGCGGGAUGAAGACGGAGCUAGGCAAGAGAGUGAUACGACAGGGGAGGAGGAAGAAUGUAUGACUCCUCAGACUCGCAAACAUAAACUGCUUAAAUAUGUGCAGCAACCCUCUGCCAGCAAGGAUUCGAAUCCUGGUAAGUCAGAUACUGGGCAAUUUUCAAUCGCAGACCAUGUGGAAAAGUAUCAGGGAAGUGGGACAUCGGAGAGACGAGAUCCGCCGCCUUCUAGUCUCUAUGGCGAAGCCAUUAAUCUGAAAGUGGAAAGCAAGAAGGAAACUUCACCUGUUAAAAGUGAAUCUUCGCCUGUUAAAAAAGAAUCUUCCCUGGUAAAGAAAGAAUCUUCGUCCGUAAAAACUGAAACUCCUUCGCCGGCUAAGAAAGAUGAGAGGGCAUUACGUGGUCAAAAGACACGUAGCGUUAAAGCACCACCCGAGGAAGUUUCUGAUGAGGACGAGGAAGAAGAAGAAGAAGAAAAAGGAGUUUUCCCACGUCUUGUCGAAGUAUGGUCAGAAAAAGAAAGAGAGGAAGAAGCCGCAGCUUCAGCUGGAAAAUCUGUAGUACAAAAGUCGGAAAAACUUACAGAAGACAUUAAAUCGAUGGAAACCAAAGAGGACGGCAUCAAACCUCACGUUAUUAACGUGAGUUCCUCUGAAGAAUGUAAAAAAGAAUCUCCAACGGAUACAGCACCGUGUGAGACAGACCCUUUAGAGGAUACCACCACAGCGACUACCGCACAAACAGUUUGCGUAAAAGAUGAAGCAAAACCGGUAAAAAAUGAAAGCGAAACAGAAACACCAGCAGCAGACGUAGCUGUUGAGAAAAAGAACGAUCAGGAAAACUCAGAAGAAAUGAUAGUUGACGACUCCAAAGCAGAUGAUGCGGUAGACAUCACCAAGGAAACCAAGAUAGAAGAGGCGGGUAAAAUUUCAGAACAGGCGGUUGUAGAAAACAAAGUAGAAGACACAAAGACAGAGGAACUGGCCAUACCUACGACGGUUGAGGUGGCUGAAACCGAAACUGUCGUUCAAAGUGAACCUGCCGCCAUCGUUGUUGAAUCGGCUUCUUCUCCCUCUAUUGAUGAGUCGACCUCUGUUCCAGCUAUUGUUGAUGCGGCUUCUGUUCCCGCUAUUGUUGAAUCGGCUUCUGUUCCCGCUAUUGUUGAAUCGGCUUCUGUUCCCGCUAUUGUUGAAUCAGCUUCAGUCCCCACCGUUGUGGAAUCAGCUUCUGUUCCCGCUGUUGUUGAAUCAGCGUCUAUCUCAGACGUUGUUGAAUCUGCAUCAACCGCCGAUAUCGUUGAAGAUGCUGACAAAACUGUGUUGCCUGUCACAAUGGAACUACCGGUUGCAGAUCCCGUAUCUGUAGAAAAAACAAGUGUUCCUCCAGAAACUUCCGUUGAAGAUACUCCUAUCAGUGAAUUGGAGCCCGAGACCAAAGUGACGUCAGCUAAUGACCCGGAGUCUGUGAAAAAUGAUGAGACCGAAGUGGAUAAGACUGACGACGUCAGCAAACCAAAGGAUUCGGAGAAGGACAAUAUCGAUUCAUCACCAGAUAAGGUUGAAACCACAAUGGCUGUCGAGAACGAAUCUCCAUCGUUGAUCAAAUCCGAUGUAUGUGAGGAACCCGUUGCUAAAGUAGAGGAAGUGUCUGAGGAGCAACCAACUGAAGACAAUGAAGAAGAUGAACUUCAGAUGGACACCACUGAAAUAAUUGAUGACAGCUUAAAGCUUACAGCACCUGAAACAGAAGAUGUUGCAGAUAAUUGUGAACAAAGACAUAGAAAAUCAAGCUCCAAAUCCCCCAGUCCCAGGCAAAGUAGUCCAGAAAGGGAGAUAAACAGAAAAAGAAGCUUAUCACCUCAUGAUAAAAAGCAGCAAUCUGAUGCAGCACCUCAAAAUGAAACAACAAAAGGAGAUACAGUUAGAAAAUGGAAGAUCAGGAAACAGCUUCCUAGUGCUGAAGCAGACACAGCAGAAACUGAAGCGCCCAAGAAACGAAGAUGGGGAACUAGCCAGCUUCUGCCUACUAAGAAACCUGCCUUGGUUAUUUCUACAGAUUCUCUGAAGACACUUGUGCCAGAUGCUAAACCUCUGUCAGCUGAAGAAGUAAGGCUUGGCAGCCCCAAUUUUCAACCACCAGUAAAACCCACUGUUAACCAGACACCAGAAAGUGAAGACCAUCAGUUACCAGCUGCCGAUAAAAUUGCCAAAGUGGAGAACGUAAGGCGAGUAGCGGUAGAGAUGGCGGUCGAAGCCUUCGCCCCGGCUAAACCUGAGGCUGUCAUGGCGGCUGCUGCUCCAUUACUGGAAGCUACUAGCCCAGCUCAGCAGCCUCGCUCAUCCGUCCUUAAUGUCUCUAAUUUGGUCAGACCGUUCACUAUUAAUCAGCUGAAGGAGUUGCUUGCUCGUACCGGACACCUUGUCGAGGGAAAGUUUUGGAUUGAUAGAGUAAAAUCCUCGUGUUUGGUCCAGUAUGCAACAGAAGACGAAGCUGAAGAAACUCGGGCUGCCUUACAUGGAAUCCAUUGGCCUACAUCAAAUCCCAAAACUCUUCUAGUUGACUACUCAACUGUAGAAGAUUUAGAGAAUCGCAUGUCGGGCAAAGAAUUAACCAACCCACCCGUAGCGAAAAUUGAACCAAUUAUGCGAACGGCUACAGCAACUGUUCACCCCCUCGAAACAAAGCGAGACAAAGCUGAAAAAGUGCGCGAAUGGGAUUUGGGCAAAACUGGUGACCAAGGAUUCGAAAAAGAGCAAGCUAUUAAAGGAGCACAUCUUAUUGGAGAAGACGAAGAAGUCAAACCCAAAGACGAAACGCCUGCAAAACUGCUGGAUGAUUUGUUCCGCAAGACAAAGGCGACUCCUUUCAUUUAUUGGUUGCCUCUGACAGCAAGUCAGAUCGCAGAAAAGGAGGAAAUGCGCCGGCAAAGGCUUGCUGAAAGAGAAACGCGUUUGAAAGAAGUUCAACAACGCAGAGACGAAGAGCUGCAGCAGCGACAGCGUGAGAGAGAGAAACAGCGUGAAAACGAGCGUGAAAGGCAGCGCGCGCGUGAAAAGGAACGCGAGAAAGAACGCCAACGCUCUCGCAAGCGCAGCCGAUCGUCGUCUAGAAGCUCUUCGAGCACUACCUCAUCAAGUCCAAAUAAGAGAAGACACAGCAAAACGCCUCCGCGCAAGAGAUAAAGAUGACGAAUGUUUAACAAUCUGCAGUCACUACACUGGUUGGUUCGGGGAAGAGCACGAUAGGCAGGAACCAAUCAGCAGCAAGAUGACUACCACUUCUCUUGAAUUGGGAAACGAGUUCUCGAAUUGUACGUGGGAGAAAACACCUUGUUCUUUUUUAAUUAAAAAUUUAGAACUUACGGAGGAUACCUUUUUUUCCUGACUUCCUUCACUUUUAAAAAAAAAUCCUUGUAUACCUGCCACGUUUAAUCGUAUCCUUUUCCCAUCCUUCCCUUCCCAACCCAUUUGUUUCCUUUUUCUUUCUCACUACCACCUUCUGGAUAAUCCGUUUGUUUGCAGGUCUAUCGUAGCGAGCCAUCCAAUCUAAACUCUCUGAACGGGAAUUUUAUAUCUUUCAGCAGCCGUUCAACUUGUGUGUGUUAACCCCUCAUUGUCAACGAGGAUCUUCGAUUGAUUAUGGAAAAGGCAGAAGAUGUCACGAACAUUACAAAAAGAACCUAUGCGAAGAUUUCCUUUAGUUUGAAAUAUGGGCACUCGGAAAAGUACCUUGAAAUGUUGUCACCAGGUUGCAUUCUGGUGUCAACCGUCACACAUGACACAUUCAACCCAAGUGUUCUGUUACGGGUUGAAUUAUGCCUGUUUAUCCUCCUCUCUGUAAUUGUCAGACUAUCACACCAUAAGUAAGUUCCGACUGGACUUCUAAUUACAAAAUGUGGUUCGAUUGGCUGGCGUACAAAUUCCAAUCGGUUAAAAAGGCAUCCUACACUGUAUUACGUAAAUACAAAGUAAUGAACUCUA